AUGCCAAAAAACACAAAAGGAUCACCAUAUGACGCUAAAUUAGUCUCAGUAGAGCCCCUUGAACAAGGAAAAUGGAUUCAGACUCGUAAAUUGAAUUACAAAGAUCCAAGGGGUAACGAUAGGGUAUGGGAAAUGGCCAUUAGGACAACCCGUUCGGAAACUACAAACAUUGAUGGUGUGGCUAUAGUAGCCUUGCUCAACCAUCCAGAUAAGAAGAAGGAGAUUGUAUUGACCAAGCAAUUCAGACCACCAGUUGGUGCAGUUGUUAUUGAAUUACCAGCAGGAUUGGUCGACCCAAAUGAGAGUGUUGAAAGUACCGCUGUUCGUGAAUUGAUCGAAGAGACUGGUUAUCACAGUACUUUCAACCAUCUGACAGACUCUUUGGCGGAUUUGGUGAGUGAUCCAGGAUUAACUAAUGCAAACAUGGCAAUUGCCUAUGUUGAUGUGGACUUGACAAAGCCUGAGAACGUCGAUCCAAAAGCUCAAUUAGAAGAAGGCGAAUUCAUUGAUUCUUUUUAUGUCCCAGUUGAAGACUUGCUUGCGGAAUUGCAUCGUUUGGUCAAAGAUGAAGGUUGCGUUGUGGAUGCAAGAUUGUACCAUUUGGCAGUUGGUAUUAAUCUUGCAAAAUCACUUUAA